UCGAUGAAAUCCUACAGAAAUAAGCUGGAUAAUCGAUUAGGCGCCUGCAUAAUUGGAUGCUUGCUAACGAUAGCAACAGUGCUCACCAUAUACGGUCUGUUCCAUGAGACGGUAAACGAUCAUUUGGUUGAGUAUAUCACCGGAACAAAGCAGAUCAUUGUUCAAUCGCUACCUCCGCCAACAACACGAGGUACUACGUUGAUGCCUCGUAGCGCAGAAGCACUGCUGGUGGAGGGUUUGUGA